AUGGAAAAUCUUAUUAAAAUGUAUGAAAUAGAUAGUAAUAUUUUUGAAAGUGAAUAUAUAAUGUAGAGUAAGUGCUAAUUUUAAUAUGAAAACAGUGAGUAAGAAGUAAUUGAAAAAAUGUAAACUAACUAUGUUAAUCCUAAACUAGAUUCUGGUAAUAAUUAAUUAAUCUUAUUAAGAAACCAAAAUAUGAAUAUCAAAAUAUCUACUACUUACUUAUUAUAAAGAAAGGUAUACAUAACAUAUUGA